GGUGGGGCUGGGCCCGGAAUGAAGAGGCCGAGGUCGGCCGUGAGCCAGUUGAUCGCGGAAGUAGGCUGAAGCCGAGCUGGUCCAGGGCCACCCGAGUGGGCCAUGGGAUGAGGGAACUCUGUCAACGCGUUUGAAUGGCUCACCGGACGCGCCGCAGCUCAUGGGCCGCCGUCCAGGGUCCCGGGGUCCGGGGGGGUCCCUAGGCUCCCUGGGCUCCCUGGGCUCCCUGGGCUCGCUGCUGAAUCGUGGGCAUGGAUAGAAAGCCACUGGCGGGUCUAGCUAGCUAGUUGGGCUAGGCAUGGCAUGAGUCCCAACGAGAAAAGCCAGUUGCCGCGCGUGACCACGGGUCAGCCGCACUUGAUGAAGCAGGACCUGGACCACUUGGACAUUGGCAGUUUGAACCCGUUGUCGCCGGCCGUGAUCUCGCGUCAGGCCACCAUCAACAUCGGCACCAUUGGCCACGUGGCGCACGGCAAAUCCACUUUGGUCAAGGCUUUGUCGGGCGUGCACACGGUGCGGUUCAAGAACGAGUUAGAGCGCAACAUCACCAUCAAGUUGGGCUACGCCAAUGCCAAGAUCUACCGCUCCCACGACCCCAAAUGCCAACGACCCAUUUGCUACACGUCCAUGGGCUCGGGCAAGGAGGACACUUUCGUCAUGAACGGCUUCAAGUACGAGUUGGUACGCCACGUCAGCUUCGUGGAUUGCCCCGGUCACGACAUUCUCAUGGCCACCAUGUUGAACGGCGCGGCCGUCAUGGACGCGGCAUUGCUCCUUGUGGCCGGCAACGAAUCGUGUCCGCAGCCCCAGACUUCGGAGCAUUUGGCCGCCAUCGAAAUCAUGAAGCUGAAGCACAUACUAAUCCUCCAGAACAAGAUCGACCUCAUCAAGGACUCGCAAGCCAAGGAGCAGCAAGAGCAGAUCUUGCGUUUCAUUGAAGGCACCGUAGCCGAAGGAGCGCCCAUCGUGCCCAUCUCGGCUCAGCUGAAAUACAACAUCGAAGUAGUGUGCGAGUACAUCGAGAAGAAGAUCCCCAUCCCCAUUCGGGACUUCACGUCCAUGCCCCAACUCAUCAUCAUUCGCUCGUUCGACGUGAACAAGCCCGGAUCCGAGGUGGAGGAUCUGAAGGGAGGAGUGGCCGGCGGUAGUAUCCUCAAAGGGGUGCUCAAAGUGGGCAUGGAGAUCGAGGUCCGACCCGGAAUCGUAUCCAAGGACCAAGAUGGCAAGCUCUCGUGCAAGCUCAUCAAAAGCCGGAUCGUGUCGCUUUUUGCCGAACACAACGACCUCAUGUUCGCCGUGCCCGGCGGGCUCAUUGGCGUGGGCACCAAGAUUGACCCCCAUAUUUGCCGUGCUGAUCGUAUGGUGGGGCAAGUCUUGGGCAGUGUAGGCGGUCUUCCGGACAUCUUUACCGAGUUGGAGGUGUCCUUUUACUUGUUGCGUCGACUUUUGGGUGUGCGAACCGAGGGCGACAAGAAGGGUGCCAAAGUGCCCAAAUUGAGUAAACACGAGGUGCUCAUGGUCAACAUUGGCUCGUUAUCGGCGGGUGGUCGUGUGGUGGCCGUGAAAGCGGAUUUGGCCAAAAUCGGCCUGACCACACCCGUGUGUACUAGCAUCGGUGAGAAGAUCGCUCUGAGUCGUCGUGUGGACGGUCAUUGGCGUCUCAUUGGAUGGGGUCAGAUCCGGAGAGGGAUCACGCUGAAACCCACCGAGAAUUAAAUCUGUAUGCAAAUGUUGAUGAUCACUUCGCUCCAUUUUUUUGCUAACCUUCAAUGUCCUUUUUGAGGUUUGAUAAUAUAACAUGACAUACAAACAGCGUCAA